GUCAUUUGUUAUAUUCCAAGAGAAACAGAGAAUGUCAUUGAAGCUUUAUUCACACUCUUGUUUUUGGUCCAGAGCCAAGCUCGAUGAUGGCUUAUCUGCAGGAAUUGCUCGCAGAAGAAGGAUUCGAAGGUGGAAAGUUGAAGAAGAAUCAAAAGCCGGUGAAAAUGAAAUUUAGAAACAGAACUGUGGAGAAGGAGGAAUCGGGAGGGCUGCCUAUGUACGUCUGCUAUGGUCGCAAAAGCUCCGAUUUUGAGAAUCAGAAGGUGGAGAAGGGUGUUCCGAGUAGUCGGUCGUCGGUGUUUUCCUCCAGAAGGGUGGAUUCGGAUUCAGGUAAGUCGAAGUCUAAGACGGUGAGAAGGGAGGAUGAACUGGUGAUUGAUGACGUUGCUAUUAGAGCUGUGAUAUCUAUUCUUAGUGGGUAUAUUGGGAGGUAUUUAAAAGAUCAGAAUUUUCGUCAAAUGAUUAGAGAAAAGUGCAAAUCUUGUUUGGUGAAAAGGAAAAUGGAAUCAGAUAACGGGACUUUUGCGAACGUGGAACAGGGCAUCGAGAGCGUUGACAAAUUGGUGGAGCAUCCGGGGACGAAGAAAGAACUCAGGAUGAAAUCGGUCCGCAAUUCAAUUCAGAUUUUGUCCGUUGCUGCUACCUUGAAUUCGAAGAAAACAAGGAACGGGUCUAUUUCUGGAGUGCCCAAUUCGUAUCUGUCGGCGAUUGCUCAGUUAUACUUAUCCAUAGUGUACAAGCUGGAGAAGAACGACAGAAUCUCAGGCAAGCAUUUGCUUCAAGUUUUCUGUGAUUCGCCAUUUCUGGCGAGAACCCAUUUGCUUCCUGAUCUAUGGGAGCAUCUUUUCCUUCCCCACCUUCUUCAUCUCAAGGUUUGGUACCAGCAAGAACUUGAAUUUCUCUCCACUUCGGGUUAUGGUGAGAAGGAGAAGAGAAUGAAGUCUUUAAGCAAGGUUUAUAACGGGCAAAUGGAUUUGGGAACGUUUAAGUUUGCAAUGUACUAUAAACAGUGGCUUAAAAUUGGGGCUAAAACCCCUGCUAUGCCUGACGUGCCUUUGCCUUCAGCACCUAGCUAUGGAUCGUCCAGUAGGAGAUCAUCGGAUUCUCUUACCUCGAAUUCUUCUAUCAACAAAAACCUAUAUCGAGCUGUGUUUGGCCCCAUGGACUUCAAUAAUCAAAACAGAGAUACAUGGGGUCUCAUCAAGGAAGAGGGAGAUAUCUGUAAAGAUGAAGAUAACUACAACGCUUUCAAUCUUGUUCAUAAUAAAAGAGUGACACAACCACGGGCAUCAAGCCAGAUUUAUAGAAAUCCGAGAACUGAAUUAUGGCCGGAGAUACAGAAAUUGCAUUAUUUCAGAUUCUUUCCUUGCCAGGGCGCGCCAACAGAAUGCAUUGCGAGCAGCAAUCAUGUGAUCAGGAAUAAUUCAAUCAAACAUAAAGAAAAUACUCAUCUUCCCUUGAGUGAUCUAAGUAGAGCCAUUAGUACCCUUUGUUCCUCAGAUAGUGUAAAGGAGUGUGAAAAAGCAGUCCGUGUAGUGACCAAAGCUUGGCUGAACUCACAUGGUGAUCCUGCCAUUGAAGCUGAUCUGACAAAGGCACCAGUAAUUGAGGGCAUGCUCGAGGUUUUGUUCAUUUCCAAUGAUGAUGAAGUUCUAGAAUUAGCAAUAUCAGUUUUAGCAGAGUUUGUAGUUAGGAAUGAGAUAAAUAGACAGAUAAUUCUCAACUUGGAUCCACAACUGGAGAUCUUCUUAAGGCUUCUAAAAAAUAGUAGUCUAUUUUUAAAGGCUGCUGUGCUGCUUUACCUGAUAAAGCCAAUGGCAAAGCAGAUGAUAUCGAGUGAAUGGGUGCCAUUAGUCCUUCGGGUCUUAGAGUUUGGGGGAAAGCUGCAGACUCUAUUAACAGUCAGGUGCAGUCCUCAAGUUGCAGCAUUUUAUUUCCUAGACCAACUCUUAACAGGUUUCAAUGAAGAUAGGAACUUUGAGAAUGCUGAUCAGGUUGUCUCCAUGGGGGGAUUGAGCUUGCUGGUGAGGAGUAUUGAGAUAGGGGGUGUUCGAGAGAGGAUGAAUGCCGCUUUGAUCAUGUCAUGUUGUAUUCGAGCUGAUGGAAGUUGUCGAAACUACUUGGUAGAUAACCUGAACAAGGCUUCUCUUCUUGAACUGAUUGUUCUUGAAAACCACAAGGAUUCUAAAGGGUGUGCUUUUGCGUUACUGACAGAGCUCCUCUGCCUCAAUAGGAGAACACAGAUCACAAAAUUCUUGAGUGAACUGCAAAAUGGAUGGGAUGGCUUGAACACCAUGCAUAUGUUGUUAGUCUAUCUCCAAAGAGCCUCACCAGAAGAAUGCCCACUGGUUGCAGCAAUCUUGUUACAGCUUGAUCUUCUGGGAGAUCCUAUGAGGUGCAGUGUGUACAGAGAAGAAGCAGUUGAUGCAAUUGUAGAAGCUCUAAAUUGUCAAAUAUGCAAUGAGAAAGUUCAAGAGCAAUCUGCAAGAGCUUUAAUGAUGCUGGGAGGCUGCUAUUCUGGCAGGGGCGAGGCAACAACAGAGAAAUGGCUUUUACAAAAAGCAGGUUUCAGCAACAACUUAUGUGAUUCCUUUCAUGACACGGAAAUGGUUAAUGAUAUCUUGAAUGAAGAGAAAGAUGAAAUAGAAGAAUGGCAAAAAAAAGUGGCAGUUGCCUUGCUUAAUAGUGGGAAUAGGAGAUUGUUGUCUGCCCUCUCAAAUUCCAUAGCUAAUGGCAUCCCAAAUUUAGCAAGGGCAAGCCUCUCCACAGUUGCCUUGAUUAGCAGUUUUCUCCACUCAAUUGGUGAUCAAGAUUUCCAGUCUAUGGUGUGUUCAAUUCUCAUGCCACGUUUGCUUGAAUCGUCCAAGUAUGACAGUGCUCCUGAGGAAAGGUUGCUUGCUUCUUUCUCAUUGCAAUUCCUAAGAAAAAUUUCAGAACGUAAUUUUGUGCUCUCAUCAUUGGAUAAAAUGUUCAUGAACACUCUUUCGAAUCCUUCGUUACAUGGAGAUCAAAAGAGCGUAUUUCAAUCACUGAAAUCAUCUGAGGCCCCGGAAUCUUGAGAUACAAUAUCUGGAAGUUAAAGAAAUAAAAGGAAUUCGUCAGACCGAGAUUCUGGAGACCUAUACUCAAACGAGGUGAUACUUGUUCAGAGUGAUUCAUCAAGGGUCCAAAGCUUUAAUCUUCGUACGGUUUGCUACCUCUUCACUAGUACAAGUAGAUGUAGUUUGCUUUACCUAUAGACUAUAGCAAGAUUUGUGUGAUUAAAGAUGUAUAUAUAUCUUUAUUUUUGGCCUUACAUGUACCAUAUGUAUCUGAUCCUGUUAAGUGUAAACCCUUGUAGUUGUAGACCAUCCCAAGGAUUGUAAAACCGCUACUUUCAACCUGAAAAAUGAAGAACUAGUGCCAUCACAAUCCAAUGUCCAAGGCAUCUACGAGUGUCAUUUUGAUUAGCAAGACUGUAUGACCUCAAAUCUCAUCUCAGAUUUUGCAAAUAUCGUACCAUGAUUAGGUGGCACAAGGAUAGCAGGCUAUGAGAUGUUUGA